AUUGACUUUUAUUUCUUAUUUCAUCCUUUCACAACAAGAUGAAAUAUCAACAUUCCAACGGCCAAAAACGGUUGGCCGUUGCUAAAUUUUACUCGAUGUUAUUUUGGGGGUGCUUAUAGAGAAACGCGUAAUUGCCCAUUGCCAGAAACCUCUCCGGUGCUUUAAAGCUGCCGCUUCCCGUGAGCACCUGAACGCAGCGCGGGAGCAUCCGGCGGUGUAGUGAGGAGGAGGAAGGAGGAGGAGGAGGGAUGAGAGGAAAGAGAGGGACAGGAAGAAGAGGAAGCAUAUCGAUGGUAAGCAUGAAGAAUAUUCCCGGACUCUGAGCUGAUCGACGGGGAAAACAUCUUCCCUCGCUCGUUAAGAGGCCGACAGGAAGCGGAGGGAGACAACGGACAGGAUGGAGGGGGAGACGCAGUUCCUUUGUGGGGUGGUGGAAGGUUUCUACGGUCGACCCUGGUCUAUGGAUCAGAGGAAAGUUCUCUUCCAGUGGAUGCAGCUGUGGGGGUUGAACACCUACCUGUACGGCCCCAAAGACGAUCUGAAGCACAGACUGCUGUGGAGGGAAGUCUAUUCUCCCGAAGAGGAAGCUCAGUUGCGUACUCUUAUAGUGGAAGCUCAGUCCCGGGGUCUGAGGUUUGUUUACGCUCUCUCCCCUGGUCAGGACAUCGUCUUCUCUUCUUCCUGCGACUUGACGCUGCUCAAACGGAAGCUGAAACAGGUGUCAGACCUGGGGUGCCAGGCGUUCGCCAUCCUCUUUGACGACAUCGAUCACUCCAUGUGCCAGGCCGACAGCGAGGCCUUCACUUCAUUUGCCCACGCUCAGGUCACAGUCACUAACGAGAUUUACCGCUUCUUGGGGGAGCCGCCUGUCUUCCUUUUCUGCCCGACAGAGUAUUGCGGUUCUCUCUGCUCUCCAAGUGUGUCAAAAUCUCCCUACCUGCAAACAGUCGGAGAGGACCUACUACCAAACAUAACAGUGAUAUGGACAGGCAGCAAAGUUAUCUCCAGGAAACUGUCCUUAGACUGCCUUGCCGAGUUGGAGUGUGUCCUCCAGAGGCCCCCGCUGAUCUGGGACAACCUGCACGCCAACGACUAUGAUACCCGACGUCUCUUCCUGGGGCCUUUCAAGGGUCGCGACCCUCAGCUAAAAAAACACCUGAGGGGUCUGCUGCUCAAUCCCAACUGCGAAUUCGAAGCCAAUUACAUCCCGCUGCAUACUCUGGGAAGCUGGUUCAGAGCUGAAAAAGAUUACGUGAAAGACGAGGAGUGUGAAUACUGUCCAGAGAGAGCUUUAACUGCUGCACUUCAUGACUGGAUGGAAGAACUUAAUCAGCCUCUGCAAGCAGGUUGGCAGAGCACAAGAGCAGACCACCGGGCCUCCGUCUCCUCAUCGCGUACCAAAGCUUCUGACAGCUCCGACUGUCCCUCCACCUUCAGAGCCACGCACGCUGUGGCCAAACUCCCCGUCUUCCCACUCAACUCCAGCUCUCCACCCUCAUCCCCUCCUAUGGGCAAAGCGGAGAGGGAGGGGCGAGAAGGGGACAAAAAGAGGCCACACCAAUCAAGUCAGCAACUUCCGGGAUCGAGGUCGGGUGCGCCUGCGGGCGGGGGCCGGGCGCAGCGGGCGGCGGGUCGCGGGCUCUGCGGCGGGAAGGGCCUGCUGAGCGAGGCCCAGGUGCGGCUGCUCGUCGGUCUCCAUUAUCUCCCCCAUGAGCACGGCCCUUCGGCGCAGAAGCUGCUGCAGGACCUGACCUGGCUAAAGUCAAACUGCCACCUGGUCAGUGCGAACAGCAAGAAGACGCAGCCUCAGAAGGUUGAUGAGUGGCGUGGGCGGGCCUCCAGGUUCCUGUCUCUGUGCGAAGACAUAGCCCAGCUCCACUGCAGCGUAGUGGGCGGGGCUAACAGGUCCGUGCUCUAUGACCUUUACCCUUAUGUGUGGGACCUGAGGAACACAGCUCUGGUGGCAAAAGCCUUCAUAUGCUGGCUGGACGGGCGAGUGCUGAAUGACGGCUCAAACCUCGCCUCCUGGAGGAACUGCUUCCACUGGUGUGGGAAAUCCACAGGAGCAGAGCUGCUGGGAGUGGACUCAGAGCCAUGGGUGUUCAAAGGGGGGGUGUCUGGGGAGGUGCAGAUGCUCCUCCCGAUAGGCAGCAGCGGUGAACUUUUCUCUCAUCCCCCUCCUCUCUUUCCUACCUCUCGUCUCUACAACAUCAGGCCCUAUCACAGCAAAGACAAGGUGGAGCUGUACCGGAUGGUCCGCCAGCUUCACCUGAGGACUCAGGGCGGACAGGAGUCCACCGUGGCUCAUCCAGAUGUCAUUGGAGACAGAUGUCUUGGCCCAUGUCUGGCGCUGAGCCCCGAGUACAGCUUCAUCCUGGAAGAUGAGCUCGGCAUUUGUGGCUGCGUGCUGGGCAUCCUAGACGUCCGCUUCUUCGCGAAGCGGUGCCAGGCCAGCUGGAUUCCUGCCAUGAGAGAUAAAUACCCACCCAAAGGGAGCAGCACACACUCAAACACACAGGACUUGGUGAAACUGAUGGAGGAGGACCAGGGCGAGUACCCGGACUCGCUCCUCUACCACUUCCCCUCUCAGCUGCGGCUGGACGCGCUGCCCGAGCUGGUGGACGUCAGCGUCAGCCGGACCCUGCUCACCGCCCUGCUCACUGCGCUCAAGGCCAACGGUUCUCAGGGUGUCUUCUGUGAGGUGCAGCCCACAGAUCAGCAGAGGCUGGAGUUCUUAACCAAACUGGGCUUCCUGGAGAUCCUCAGAGGAGAAGCCAGGAGCAGAGAGGGCGUGGUGCUCGGACGGCUGCUCUGAAAGCCACGUCAAAAAAAACAAAAAAACACUCGCACUCGCCGUCACCUGGUCACACAUUUCAGCAUCAACAUUAAUUAGUUCAUCAGUUUAUCAAAGUGCAUGGUUAGGUAUAACAAAGGUUAUUUUUAGUGACCCCUGAUGCUUGUUUUUAACAAAAAUCUUGCCAUAAAUGUCACCUUUUAUCGAUCAGCUUGAAGCGUCACCCUCCUACACAUAUAAACAUUUUGAAUGAUAACAUAAAGAGAAGGUUUCUUACAAUUCCGUUAUUGUGCUUGUUCAAAAAAAACCAUUGCUCUCUUACUUUGACUAGGACAUGUUUCAUGUAAGUAGCAGCCCCGUUCAGGAAUAUUUUUCAAAUGGUCAACGUUUUAUUUUAAGUUGUUUGGUUUAAAAUCUGCCAACAUAAAGAAGACGUUCCACCAGAAAACCGAAAGAAAACCAAAGCAAGAAAAAUUGUGGACUUUAUUUAAUUCAGAAAAUGGUUGGAAUCUGUAAGAUUAGAGAGGAAAAUGCCACAUGGGCACCCUUACUUUAGCUUAAUUAGGUCUGUAGGUAGCUUAGACUUGUUUUUACUUACUGAUACCAACUACAGCCUGCCUGUCAAGUAACUAUCUCAAUUUCCUCUUAUCUCAAAACGGUAAACUCAACUGAAGCAUGAAAGGGGAUUUAGGAGCCUUUUGGAUGCCUUCAGAUUAAUGGAAUGCAUUGCAUGUUGUGAAGGUGUAACAGUAAACAUGUCACUAAAAACAACAGACUUACAUGCAUAACGCACAAAAACGGGUGAAAAUGUUAUAGAAACUCUAGUUUGAUAAAAACCUUAAUGAAGAGAUCAAACAGGCAUGAACCACAAGAUGUUUGAGCAUUUUAUAAACUAUGAAACGCGUGUUAGGGUUUGACAAAUGCUUUCCAUCAGGGAAAGCAGCAAGUGUUUUAAAUGGAGGCGUAACUCAAAAUGUAAGGAAUUUUAUUAAAGGUAUUUUUAUUAGAUAAAAAGUAAGUUUAUUCUUGGAAAUGCAGCACCAAACCAGUAAUAUCCUUAAAAGAUUGAGGUGCAGAUAUGUUGUGGCAUUUCUCGACUCUGUGCAGUUUCAACCUGGAUGAGCAGAACUGCUUUCCUCAGUUUCAUCGAAAAGAAAGUGAGCACAACAUUUUCCAAAAAAAAA